GAUACCAUUAAAAUGGAAGGAAUUAAAAUAGAAAAAAUCUUUUUAUUAUUUCAAAUUUUCUGUAUUAUCAGUAACCGUGGCGGUAAUUCAUAUGCUGUUAUAGAAUCUGUAAAUGAAAGUAGAAAAUUUCCUGAUAAAUUUUUAUUUGGAACAUCAACUUCUGCUUAUCAGAUUGAAGGAGGUUGGAAUGAAGAUGGAAAAGGUCUCAGUAUUUGGGACACUUUUACACAUGAACAUCCAGAAAAAAUAGCAGAUAGAUCAAAUGCAGAUGUUGGACCCGAUUCAUACCAUCGAUUCGAUGAUGAUUUGAAAAUAAUCAAAGAAUUGGGGUCAGAUUUUUACCGAUUUUCAAUAUCAUGGCCAAGGGUUAUGCCAACAGGAGAUAUUUCUUCAUUGAAUAAGGCUGGUUUAAAAUAUUACGAUGAUGUUAUAAAUAAAUUACUAGAAAAUAAUAUUGAACCAAUGGUAACAAUGUUUCAUUAUGAUUUACCUCAAAAAUUAACUGAUAUAGGAGGUUUCACCAAUCCCCUAUUUUUAAAGUAUUUUGAAAAUUAUGCCGAACUUCUGUACAUUCAUUUCGGAGAUAGAGUAAAAUAUUGGAUAACUUUUAAUGAACCAUUUGAUUAUUGUCAUCCUGGUUAUGGUGAAGCAACUUAUCCUCCUUUAAUUGAAUCCGAUGGUAUUGCUAACUAUUUAUGUUUGGAUCAUACCAUAAAAGCUCAUGCAAUGGCCUAUCGGUUAUAUCGAAUGAAAUAUUAUGAGAAGUACGGUAAAAUAGGAAAAGUUGGUAUAACAAUAAGUAGUAGAUUUUAUUUUUCAAAAUCAAAUGAUGAGAGUAUAGUAGAUAGGGGAAUGCAAUUUAUGCUUGGCUGGCUUGCCCACCCAAUCUAUAGUAAAGCUGGAGGAUACCCUGAAGUUUUGAUUGAAGAAAUUGGACGGAAUAGUUUAGGUGAAGGCCGUGCCUGGUCCCGACUUCCAACAAUGUCCGAGGAUUGGAAAAAUUUAAUAAGAGGAUCCGCAGAUUUUCUAGGAUUGAAUUAUUAUACAUCAAGAUACAUUGAAUAUGUUGAGUCACCGAAAGGAAAAAGUCCGUCAUUAGAAAGAGAUGCAAGAAUAAAUGCUACAGUAGAUCCACAAUGGAAAAGAGCUAAAUCAACUUGGUUAUACAGUGUACCUCGCGGCUUAACAGGAUUACUAGGGUUUAUUAAAGAUCAGUACAGCAAUGUGGAAGUUAUGAUAACUGAAAACGGAUUUUCUGAUGACGGGCAAUUAAAUGAUGAUGAUCGAAUACAAUAUAUUAAAGAUCACCUUAAUGCUAUUUUAGAUGCUAUUGACCAAGGUUGUAACGUUACUGCAUACACAGUUUGGAGCUUAAUAGAUAACUUUGAAUGGGUUUAUGGAUACACAGAAAGAUUUGGACUUUAUUAUGUUAAUAUGUCAAGUCCAAAUAAAGAAAGGAUAGCCAAGAAAUCUGCCAAAUUUUAUACAGAUGUUAUUAAAAGUCACUCAGUAUCAUCAAACUUAUAAAAAAAAGGUUGGAGUUUAUUAGUCAUUAGAUAGGCAGAUAUCAAUCAACUUUCUAAAAUUGUUUUGAACUAUGUUUAAGAAUUUGUUGAGUUGCUUAAUUUUUCUGAUAAUUUCAAUUUGAGUUUAUUAAUAAACACUACUGUAAACAAAUAUAAAUUUUCUUAUACG